AUGCCGACAACUGGUCCUCCGCCACCCCUGCCGGGAGAUCGGCCCCUGCCAUCUUCCUUUGACAAUGACGAAGACUUCUACAAUGAAAACGGCUUCCAAAAGAUCGCCCGAAAGCUCAAGCAAGAGCCGCUUGUGCCGUUGGGCUGCGCGCUGACGGUGGCGGCCUUCACGGGAGCGUACCGAGCUAUGAGGGCGGGCGACCACGGGCGAGUAAACCGCAUGUUCCGCUACCGAAUCGCCGCGCAGGGCUUCACCAUCCUCGCCAUGGUGGCCGGCGGCAUCUACUACAGCGACGACCGCCACAAGGAGCGCGAGAUGUGGAAGGCCAAGCGCGAGGCCGACGAGGAGGAGAAGCGGCUCAAGUGGAUCAAGGAGCUCGAGGCCAGGGACGAGGAGGACAGGCUGGCAAAGGAGAUCAUGGAAAAGAGGAGGCAGCGCGCCGCCGCCGCCGCUGCCAAGCGCGAGGGCAGGGCCGUCGUUGAGGACAAGGCCGCAGAGGGCGCCGGUGCCGCCGCGGCUGCGCAGGAUGCCAAGUCGUCUUCUGGACUUAGCUGGUCCUCGGUGCCGGGGUGGUUUGGUGGGAACAAGACCGAUCCCGACUCGAACGCGCAGACGAACCCGGGAGAUGCUGAAAAGCCGGCAGAGAAAUGA